GAAAUUUCAGCGCGGAAGCGUCUGUUGCGUGACUGACAGGGAGCUGCGUCGCAGCAUUAAUAUCGAUACAGCGGGAGAUAUUCAAAAAAAAUCUUCCCAUACUCCCCCGUGUGCGAAAUGUCUUUUUCAAGAGCCCCUUUGAAACGGUUCAACGAGCACAAAGGUUGUGCUCCUGCGCCGGGGACCUAUGAGAUCAAACCUGGGGAGCCGAAGGGAGCUGUGUCUUUCGACAAAUCGGAUCGAUUCAGACCUCUCAAGGCGGCACCUGGGGCUCUCCUGCCUCCACCAUCGCCUUCCAGAAGUCUCCUGGUGUCACCUGUCCGCAGGACGAUGUCGGUCGAUGGCCUUGUCGAAGGGUCAAGUGUAAAGAAGGACAAGAACGGCGUGGCCAUGGAGAGGAAACUGCAGAAACUCUUGGAGAGAGAGAUAAGGUCCCUGGUUCAGCAGCGGGGUGAGCAGGACCGCCGGCUGCUGGCCCUGGAGGACGAGCUGAAGAAGGUGGAGUCCAAGCUGCUGGCCACAGUCCGGGAGAAGACGGGCCUCUCCGCCAAUGUCACCACGCUCGAGAGGCAGCGGGCCGAGCUCAAGAAAGUCAACGAGUUCCUGAAAAACAAGGUUUCUGCUGACACCACAAAGAAGAAAAUCAACUCACUCACAAUGGAGCUGAUGGAGGCCAGGAACACUUUGGAUGUUAAAAGCAAGGAGUUGAAUGUCCUGCAGAUUAACACUGAAGGCCAGUUGAAGGUGCUGGAAACUGACCUCCAAGCAGUCAGGGCGACUGUCACAGCUCUAAAAGACAGGAACAAAGACUUGGAGGACCUCAAUCAAGUUACAAAAACCCUGAAUAGUGAACUGGAGAAUGAUAAUGCCAGGUUACAUGCUGUGAUACGGGAGCUUAAGCAGGAGGUCAGAGUCUUGCAGGGAUACCUGGAUGCAGCAAAUGAUCAGAUCCAGGAUCUUCGCUUGGCACUUCAAGAAAAGACACAGGAGAGCACUGUUGGAGGCUCUCAUCUGGAGAAAGUAAAGCAACUUGAAACCGAACUUGAGCAGCACACCACUGACCUUGAAACCGCUCGAGAUAUGCUGAGACAUAGAGAGGAGGAGGCGCAGAAACUCCAGCAAGAGCUGCAGGCGUCUAAGAAUGCUUUAUGGGAAGUGGAAAAGAGGUUGGAGAACCAAGAGCAGGAGCUCAAGUCUGCGCAAAAGUCAGUGGGUGACAUGGAGGAGCAAAUGAAGUUGGCCAACCAAGAAGUCGAUGACUCUCGAGCUACAGUCCAGCAGCAGGAAGCGGAGCUCGCCAGACUGAGGGAGGUGCUGAGGCGGACGGAGAAGGAGCUGGAUGAGAGAGUGGCACAUCUUGAACAGCGGUAUCUCUUCUCAGAGGAAGAGAGAAGCCGGACUCAGGAAGAGGGACUGAGGAGAGUGCAGGAGUUAAAGACAGAGCUCAACUUGCUACAGGAGGUUAAAAGAGACGAGAAAAAGAAACAAAUUCAGCUCCAGCAGGAGCACGACGCUCUUGCUGAGGAACUGACGAAAGAAAAGGCGCUCGUAGACUCCCUGUCUGUGCUGGUGGAGCAGGAGAGGGAGGAGUCGGAGGAGCGGCUGAGACAGUUCAAGGAGGAAAUGGAGGAGGUGCUGGGAGAACUUGCUGUCUUGGAGGAGCAGGAGCAGAGGAAGCAGGUGGUGGCGGACGAAAGUCAGGAGGCCGUCCAGAGGCUGCGAGAUGAAAACAGUGAGCUGGAGAGACAACUGAGUGACACCAGGACACUGCUGGAGAGUAAAAGCCAUGAUGUGGCAGCUUUAAAAGAGGAGCAUUUAGCCACCACGAGACAACUCCAAGAAGCGCAUUCAAACACACUGAGCAAGAUGGGAGACAUUGUCACCGAACUGGAAAGCACCAAAGAGGCUCUGAAGGGAGCAGAGGAGAGACGGAAGGAACUGGAAGAGGAGAUGGAGGGAGUGACCCAGAAGAUGAAGGAGGAGAUGGACAAAGUGGUUAAACAGAAAGAAGAGGAGAUCAAGAGCGUGAAGGAGGGGCUGGAGGAGCACCGGGAGAGACAAUUAGCUGAAGCGAAAGCCAGGGAGGAGAGUGCAAGAAUUUUGCUGGAGGUGCAGACUAGCCUCGUGCAAAAAGAUCAGGAAAUGAAAGCCGUGGAGGCUAACCAUGCUGACCGGAUAACUCAGCUACAGCUGGAGCUGCAGCUACAGACAAAGGAGAAAGAAGAUGCUCUAGGGAAACUAGGGGAACAGAAGGGUCAGUGUUUCACCGAGCUCCAAAAUGAGAAGGAAACGGCACAGAAACUACUACAGGAGGUCGGCUCAGCAAAAGAGGAUAUAAUGGAACAGCUCCAACAAGAAAGACAAGAGAGAGUUAAAAUUCAGACAGCCCUUCAGGACAACAGGGGUGCGUGGGAGGUUGAAAGGAAAGACCACCAGCAGGUCAGGUCAGAAGUGCUCAGACUACAGUCCGAGCUUGAGAUGGUAGACGGGGAAAAGAAGAGUCUUCUGUCUCAAGCGCAACUCAAAGACCAGUCCAGGCUCGUUCUUGAAAAUCAACUGAACACGGCAGAGCAGGACAAAAAUCUGCUUCAGUCUCGCUUAGAUGACGUUGAACAAGAGUGCGUGAGCUUCCGGGCCCAAUUAGACCUCAUGGAGGCCCUGCAGUGUGAGCUGGAAGAACAGCGACAGGACAGACGGGCUCUGCAGGAGCAGGUGGAAAUACUGUCUCAGGAGAAGGUGACACUGCAGUGGGACAUGGAGGAGCAGCGACAGGAACUGCAAAGACAAAUAACUGUAGCACAAGAGAAGAGCCCCCCCAGCUCCGAGACGGAACACUGGAGGAAACAAUACGAGGAGCUGUUUUCCAAAGUCAGGCCCUUCCAGGAACAGCUCAAUGCAUUUGCAGCGGAGCGAAAUGUGCUGCUCAAUGAGAAUGGGACAAACCAGGAGGAGUUGAACAAACUGGCUGACGCUUACGCCCGCCUGCUGGGCCACCAGAACCAGAAGCAGAAGAUCAAACACGUGAUGAAGCUGAAAGAUGAGAACGUCUCUCUGAAACAGGAGUUGUCUAAGCUGCGCUCCCGGGUGUGCCGGCAAAAGAGUGAUCUGGAUCAGCUGAAGUCAAAGCUGCCCGGUGCUCCUCGCCGCAGGUUUGAUCCCAGCAAAGCUUUCCAACAUGACAAGGAGAACAGGCACGCUGACGCCAAUGAACCUCUUAAAGAAGGAAAUCAUUAUGCGUAAUGGAACUCUUCCACCGAACAAGAACUGACAACUCAUUUGCUGACAAAUUUAAAUUUCUAAGGUUUGUUCUCAUGGAUAUCUAACCAACCUCUUAACAAGUGUUGACUGCAUUCCCACAUGCAAAUGCUUUGCAGCCUUUUGUACUCAAACUGUUACAUAAUGAGUAAGGAUUCAUCCAUUUAGAUUUUAAAAAGAAAUGUGUGUACGGGAGCAGUGUGUGAAAAUGAGGUUGUAGAUAAAGUCGGUAGUGCUCAAAAAAAGCAUAGUCGGCAUAAAGAUGUAGAUUCAUUUUUUUUCGAUUUUUAUCUUUGCAACUUUCUUAGAAAUUUUAGCAAGCAGCUGAGCCAAUAACUAUUUAAUGUGGGAUAGCUCUUAUAAACCUUUGUUCUUUGUAAAUAAAGACAGAUUUUAAUACUCUUGUUAACAAAAA